AUAAACAAACAAACACUUCCACUGGCGGCUGCUUCUUCAAUCAAUCUAAGCACCACAGUUUUGUUUUCAAAAUCAUUUUUCAUUCAGUUUUACACUUUUACAUUGGGGUUAUUUUUUUCUAUGCAUGAACAUAGUUUUGAAACAGCAAGGAAAUGAUGUUUAUAUAGUAAAAUUCACAUACACAACCUUUCUCUUCUUAAGCUCGUGAAAUAUUGAAAUUGUUUGCUACAAAUAUUUUCUUAUAUUCAAGCUUCUGGUUUCUUUUGAGAGUAGAUUACAGUUUACAACUUUCUUGAAUUUCUUUGAUCUCGAAAAUUUAUCUUCUUGCAUUACUCUACUUCAUCUCUUGAAACCGUGCAAACCGUCCAACCAAACCGGCAUCCGAAUAACCCGUCACCCGAACUAACCGUUGAAGCAAACGGACGGCGGUGGGUUUCAUUUUUCCACCCGCAAACUAAUUAUCCUAUUAUGUAUAAUCCAGCUACGCGUGUUACAAAAGAACCCAAUGCGGUUCUUGAAUUAGGUUCACGAAUUGGUCGAUUCACACUCGAUACGUCGUCGUUUCUUAACCUAACUUCAGAAGCAUGUUCACCAGCUUCACUUCUUUCUAAUUAUCUUUCCUUCAACAACCUCACACGUGUGGCAUCAUCAUCAAAACGCACCGUUUCACUCAGUUUAAACAAUAGCGGUGGUGGUUAUAAGUUUAGGAAUAUUCUUCAUGAUUUUAAUAGAGCUGUUAGGGUUCAUUGUGAGAGGAUGCCGAUUGGAUUCGCUUCGUUGAGAGUAGGUGAUGGAGGUGACGGUGGUGGUGGUGGUGGUGUUGGUGAGGGGAAUGAUGUUGGUGGAAAUGGGAAUGGGGUUGGUGUGGAAGAUGAAGGAUUGGGAUUGAAGAGUGGUGAGGGGAAGAAAGCGAAGAAGGUUUUGAUUUUGAUGAGUGAUACUGGUGGUGGUCAUCGUGCUUCUGCUGAAGCGAUUAAAGCUGCUUUUUAUCAAGAAUACGGCGAUGAUUAUCAGGUAUUUAUUACUGAUUUGUGGUCUGAGCACACACCUUGGCCGUUCAAUCAAAUUCCCAAAAGCUAUAGCUUUUUGGUGAAACAUGGACCGCUGUGGAGGAUGACCUACUAUGGAACUGCCCCACGUCUAGUUCAUCAGUCAAAUUUUGCUGCAACUUCAACAUUCAUAGCUCGUGAGGUUGCUAAAGGGUUAAUGAAGUAUCAGCCUGAUAUAAUAAUCAGUGUGCAUCCACUGAUGCAACAUGUUCCCCUUCGCAUUUUGAGGUCAAGGGGUCUUUUAGAUAAGAUUGUUUUUACCACAGUUAUUACAGAUUUGAGCACGUGCCAUCCAACAUGGUUUCACAAGCUUGUAACUAGAUGUUAUUGUCCAACUACAGAUGUUGCCAAAAGAGCAAUGAAAGCUGGACUCCAACAAACCCAAAUAAAGAUUUACGGCCUACCUGUUAGACCUUCCUUUAUAAAGCCUGUUCGGCCAAAGGAUGAACUGAGGAGAGGUUUAGGGAUGGAUGAGGAUCUUCCUGCUGUAUUAUUGAUGGGGGGUGGUGAAGGCAUGGGUCCCAUUGAAGCUACUGCUCGGGCACUUGGAGAUUUAUUAAAUGACGAGGGGGUUCCCACAGGUCAGAUUCUUGUGAUCUGUGGUCGCAAUAAGAAGCUUGCUAACAAACUCAGUUCUAUUGAUUGGAAGAUUCCAGUGAAGGUCAAGGGGUUCGUUACCAAAAUUGAAGAAUGCAUGGGAGCCUGUGAUUGCAUUAUUACAAAGGCAGGCCCAGGGACAAUUGCAGAGGCCAUGAUUCGAGGCCUACCUAUUAUUUUAAAUGAUUACAUUGCCGGGCAGGAAGCUGGCAAUGUUUCCUAUGUAGUUGAAAAUGGAUGUGGAAAGUACUCUAAAUUGCCUAAGGAGAUAGCGAAAAUUGUUGCGGACUGGUUUGGUCCGAAGGCCGAUGAACUAAAAGAAAUGUCCCAAAAUGCAUUAAAACUAGCAAGGCCUGAUUCUGUGUUCAGAAUUGUCCAUGACAUGCACGAGCUAGUUAAACAAAGAAGCUUAUUGAGAGAGUAUUCUUGUACAGCUUAAUCACACUGAGGCUAAUUUUUCAAAGGAGUGUUUUGUUCAAAAUGUAAAAGGCAGCAAAGGUGGUGUAUCACUAGUAAAAAUGAGGAUAUGUUUUCCCGCCAAUUGGAUAUUGAUGUUUAGCUACUCAUUUGAAAUUAAUAAAAAUAAAAUUAAUAAUUUUGGUUA